AUGCGUGUGAAGUUCCGACACCCGAGGUCCCAGGACAGCUACUGGUGGAGAUGCGACCCGACCGCGACGUUCGCGGAGUGCAAGGCGGCCGCGGACAAGAUCGUCUCCUCCAACUACCCCAACGAGCCCUACGACACCGACUGCUUCAAGCGCGACCACGACAAGUUGCUCUGGGACGGCAGGUACGGCGCCAGGCGCUACGGCGGCGACGUCUGGGACCCGGAGAAGGUCACCAUCGGGCAGGUGUACAGGGAAGGAGACGAGAUCGUGUGCGUCCAGCACCUGCACAAGCAGUGGCACGUGACGUGCAACGACCUGAGCGAGGCGAGGGACGCUCGUCGCAAGGCGCAUCUCGCGAAGCUCGGGCAGGAGAUGCGAGACGAGAUUAUCGCCCAAGCCGCGAAGCAGGUGGAGGACCCGGCGAACAAGUACUACCACGGGAAGCAAGGCGCUCUCGUCAAGGAGUCCACGGGACUCGAGGGGCUGGACCUCGGGUUCAGGGACAGGAGAGCGAGGGAGGCGAAGGCGGCUAAAAGUUCGACUAAAAGUUCGACGAUGGGGGGAAGCGCAAAGUCGGCCGCCGCGGCCACGGCCAAGUCGAAGUCGGCAGGUUCCGCGGGCGUCGAUGCCAAGGCGAAGACGAUGUCGGCGACGGGAAAGUCCACGAAGUCGUCGGCGGCGACGAGCGGCGGGGCGAAAGCUGCGGCGUAG